AUGACGACCGAUACUAUCACCGCAGUCGACGCGAGCGUCACGACACUCAAACUCGCCCCUGCCCUCCCGGUCAAGGGAGCGAAACCCCAGUGGUUCAGUGAGACUGGGCUCUCGGACGACCUGUACCCCUACAAGCAUCUUCUGCCGACGUUUGACGGUCACCUCAAGCUCCCCCCGCUCACCGAGUUCGAGCACAAGGAUCCCGGACACGAGGCGAAGGAGCACGCCGAUCCGCUCGCGUUCCUCGCCAAUUCGGACGUCGACGAGCUGACUCCCCGCUUUGGAUCCGAAGUCACGGGUGUUCAGCUCUCCCAGCUGGACGACGCUGGGAGGCAACAGCUUGCGCUGUUCGUAGCCCAGCGGGGCGUGGUCGCCUUCCGCGAUCAAGACUUCAUCGACCAACCACCCGAAUGGCAGAUCCGCAACUGGGGCCAGUUCUUCGGCCGUCCGCACAUCCACCCAACCUCUGGCGCGCCAGAGGGCUACCCCGAGUUUCACCUCGUCUACCGCAGCCCCAACUCGACGCUCAACUUUGAGCGGCCCGACCAGCUCACCUCGGUCCUCUGGCACUCCGACGUCACAUAUGAGAAGCAGCCUCCCGGACUGACCGCGCUGUUCCUGUACGACUCGCCCAAAUCGGGAGGCGACACGUCGUACGUUGACCAGCGCCAGGCGUACCAGCGUCUGUCACCGCCCUUCGCCGCGUUUCUCGAGACGCUCAAGGCGACGCACUCGGGCGUCGAGCAGGCUGAGCACUCCCGCAAAGGCAAGCGCGGUGGCAUUGUCAAGCGCGAGCCGGUUAUCAACGAGCACCCUAUUGUCCGCCGACACCCCGUCACUGGCGAGAAGGCCCUGUUCGUGAACCGCCAGUUUACGCGCCGGAUCGUCGGCUUCAAGAAGGAGGAGUCGGACGCGCUCCUGGAGCUCCUGUACGGGCAUAUUGAAAAGGGCGCCGACUUCCAGGUUCGCCUUCGCUGGAAGCCGAGGACCGUUGUUCUUUGGGACAACAGGGUCACAGCCCACUCUGCGCUCGUGGACUUUGACGCCGUCACCACGGCCAAGCGACAUGGAGCCCGCAUCACUUCACAGGCUGAGAGGCCGUAUAUCUAG